AUGGAGAAAGCAGAAAACAAUGAGCUGCUACAAGGAUCGCAGAAGAACUUUCGAUCGGUUAAUUACGAAAAUUUGGUCAGCAGGAAGAAUAGAAGCUUUGUCUGCUUUUGUUUGGGGUUUCUGGUUAGCACAAUUUUGGCUCUUAUUUCUUAUGGAGUGGUACAUGGAAUGUUCCCAUGGUUUGGUGUUAUGGAUGAUAGUAAAUAUAGUUGGAUAGAUGAAACGAGAAGUAAAAGUGAGACGGGUGGAAAAUGCCAAAAGCGAAUUGUAGCAUAUCACGAUCUAUUCACACAUGAGAAACUCACAGAGAAUCAACUAUCAAAACUCACUCAUCUGAUUAUAUUACCACUCCAUGUUCAAGAAACUGGAAUUUUGGUAUUUGAGAACGAUGAAAAGAAGGGGAGGUUUGAAAAACUAGUUUCUGAAGCUCGAAAGUAUCCUGAUUUGGUUACAAUGUUCUCGAUUAACAACGGAUAUGACAACCAUGAAACAUUGUCAAAAGUCAUAGGAAAUUCAGAAGUCAGAAGAAGCUUCAUUGAGAAUGUUAUUGCCGCUAUUUCGGCAUAUCACCUUGACGGAAUGGAUGUUUAUUGGAGAUGGCCUCAAACUGACAACGAUAUUUCCAACUUGAUUUUAUUCUGUAAGGAACUUCGAGAAAAACUCAGUGCGUUGGCGAUUCGGUCUAGGCGGAAGAUGUCAUUUGUUAUUAGCGCUAUUCUGCACCAUCACCCAGUGUCCGCCAACUUUCAAAGUAUUUUCGAUUAUGUGGAUUUUGUGACAAUUGAGACGAGGAACUACUACGCACCAUGGUUUGAAGAGUUUCAGCAUCUGACCGGACCAGCCACACCGUUAAGCUCAUUAUACGGAGAGCGGAGAGACGAAAAUGUAGAUAAGUCAAUGACCGAGUAUUCUUGUCUAGGCAAACAGCCAAGUAAACUGAAUAUCUUGGUAGAAUUUGCUGGAAGAUAUUGGGAAAAUGUUAUCAAGUCUGAUAGUACUUGGUGGAUGGAAUCAGAAGUAGCAAAUGGAGUGACCAGUGGAGGGUGGAUGCCAUGGUGGAAAUUAAAAAGAUCGGAAUGGAACAUUUCGUCAGCUUCUUGGAAUAACGACUCCAAAACUCCUUAUGUUUGGAAUCCGAUGGAGAGGAAAUACUUGGCAUUUGAAAACGAGAGAAGUUUGGAAGAGAAAGUGAAGUAUGCAAUGGACCAUAAUAUCGGAGGCAUCGCGGUGUGGAGAAUUGAUCAUGAUGACGAACAACGAACAAUGUUAAAUUCUUUAUCUAAUUUGUGUUCUCAGAGUUACCGCAAUAACGCCUCCUCAUUAUCAUAUUACUGUGAGAGCGCAAUCUCUCAACUUCCUCAAUUAGAGCCGUCUAUUUUUAAGAAUAAUGCUCCAAGUGGGAUUCACUAG